UUUGAUGAAAAUGAGUGUUAAUACGAAUAGACAGAACGUGGACCCCGCCAGUUCAAACCAUAUAUUGUAUGUAUCGUAUGUAUCGUAUGCAAAUGAACUUAUAAGGUUACUUGUUCAGUUCAAAUAGUUAUAUACAAUAACGCCUAUAAAGCUAUAAUUCACAACAAUCCCAAAUUCCUCGCCUCUCCUUGACAUUACUCCCUGUUGUACACAAACAUCGAUACCUACCGCCAAUUGGCUAAAGUAUUUCAAUUCCCCUGCAGCCACACAAGUAGACAUUGUGGCUUCACGGAGGCUUCUUCUUCCUGUGGUGGGCAACCUACACGCUUCUCUAUUCAUCCGAUCGGUUUGCGCAAUGCCUCCAAAGCAGGCCACACUGGGGUAUGUUAAAGAUUCACAAACUACGUUGGGGUUCGUUCUUUCCUAGCAUGUAGGAAUGAUUUGGCUGAUGGUUUUAUGAUGAAAGCAAGUUCUUUGGCCAACCUAAGGGUGCGCCUGCGAAGCAAUCGAAGCUCUCUUUUUCUUCCAAGUCGAACUCAAGCAAGCCGCCGACAAGCUCCUCAUCCGCUUCAGAAGAGAAUCAAGAUGUGGAGAUGAAGGAUGGGGAGUCAGAUGUCGAUACCAAAGAUACAGUCAAAAAGGAGGAAGCAUCUGAUGCUAAGGGAAAAGUAAAGAAGGAAAAUGUAAAGCAAGAGAAAGGUAAGUCUAUGCAGGUAGCUAGAGCGCAUUGAGUCCAAAAAGCUAAGAAGAUCCGCAAACGCAGGUGUUAAGAGGUCGAGGUCGCCCAGUCCGAAACUCUCGGCCAAGACUAAAGCUAUAAAACUCGAUGAAGAAGUCAAGGAAGAAGAGGAUGAGGACGAGGAUGAAGAACCGGUUGUGAAGAAACCUCGAAGAGCUCGAAAUGCUCAGGUAAAAGAGAAGAAACCUUCACCAAAGACCACCGCCACAAAACCCAAGAUCAAAUCUGAACUAGAGUCAUCCCCAAAAGAAGACGCCUCGAAAAAUUUGUCACCACCGCCAAAGCGUGGUAGGAAGGCUAAAGUGGUAGAGGAAGGAGACGAAGACGAAAUUGAGGGAACCGCGCCAUCACCGAAACCUGCAAAACGUCGAGACUCAAAUGUAUCUAAAUCGGCUUCAGAAUCAGAAAUUGAGGAGGACUUGGAAUCCAGUGGAGACGAGAAACCGGAAGUAGCUGCCAAAGCUAGAGAGAAGAUCCAAACAACAUUAAAAUCCAAGGAUAAAGACCCAUAUCCGGAUUGGAAAGCAGGAGAGCCAGUACCAUAUGCUGCUCUUUGUACAACUUUCUCCUUGGUAGAGAUGACGACUAAAAGAUUGAUUAUUACGGCUCAUUGUUCCUUAUUCCUUCGUCAAGUACUUCGUCUCACCCCUGAUGAUCUUUUACCUACUGUUCUUUUGAUGAUCAACAAAUUGGCUGCAGAUUAUGCUGGAAUUGAGUUGGGUAUCGGUGAAUCAUUGAUCAUGAAGGCUAUCGGAGAAUCAACUGGACGAAAUUUGAGCGUUAUCAAGAACGACCAGAAGGAAAUCGGUGAUCUUGGACUUGUGGCAGUCAAGAGUAGAUCAAAUCAGCCGGUGAUGUUUAAGCCGAAGCCAUUAACAGUCAGAGGUGUUUUGAAGAGUCUGAUCGAUAUUGCUACAGUGCAAGGCAACGGCGCUCAGGGCCGGAAGGUUGAUGGCAUCAAGAAGUUACUUUCCGCGGCAGAUGCACAUUCUGCAGGUAAAGUUGACAUAACUAAGGAUAAAGGUGGGGCAAGCGAAGCAAAGUACAUUGUUCGUUUCCUCGAGGGAAAACUUCGUCUUGGAUUGGCGGAGAAGACUGUUCUCGUAUCUCUGGCUCAGGCGAUGGUAUGUCAUGAGGUUGAGACAAAAGGAUCUGGCAAGGUUCCAAGUACAGAACAAUUGGCUAAGGGAGAGUCAAUAUUGAAAGCUGUUCACAGGUACGUUUGGUUUUCUGAUAGAUGAUAUAGCUACUAACGAAAUUUAGCUCCCUUCCUAGUUACGAUGUGAUCAUUCCAGCAAUGUUAGAGCAUGGAAUCUUUAACCUGAAAGAUAACUGUAAGUUACAACCUGGUGUACCAUUGAAGCCUAUGUUAGCCAAGCCUACAAAAGCAAUCACGGAAGUUCUUGAUCGAUUUGAAAAUCAAACAUUCACUUGUGAAUACAAAUAUGAUGGAGAAAGAGCUCAAAUACAUUAUGUCGCUAAGGAUUCUCCUAAACAAUAUCUUGGUGCUACUCCAGCUGCAGCAAAACCUUCUGCAGGUGGUCUCGCUGCUAUAUUCUCGCGAAACUCUGAGGAUCUUUCCAAGAAGUAUCCGGAUAUUCUUGGCAAAUUAAACACAUGGGUGAAGGAAGAUACCAAGAGUUUUGUUCUUGAUUGCGAAACUGUUGCCUGGGAUAUGGUUGAAAAGAAAGUCUUACCUUUUCAACAGCUCAUGACACGAAAGAAGAAGGAUGUCAAGGUUGAAGAUGUUAAAGUCAAAGUCUGUGUAUUUGCUUUCGAUUUGCUUUUCUUGAAUGGUGAAGCAGUUGUUGAGAAAUCAUUAAGAGAGCGUCGUGCACUUCUCCAUGAGGCUUUCCAACCUGUUGAGGGCGAAUUUCAAUUCGCUACCAGUAUGAAUGGUCAAGAAAUUGAUGAGAUCCAGACAUUCUUAGACGAGAGUGUUAAAGCAUCAUGUGAGGGACUGAUGGUAAAGAUGUUGGAUGGUGCAGAGAGUGGUUAUGAGCCUAGUAAGCGAAGUAGGAAUUGGCUGAAGGUAUAAUUUUCCCUCAUUCAUAUUCUUUUUCCUUUCCCUUGGUACUAACAUUCUCCUCAGAUCAAAAAGGACUAUCUCUCUGGUAUCGGCGACUCCUUAGAUCUUGUGGUCCUAGGUGCCUAUUAUGGUAGAGGAAAACGUACCUCUGUCUAUGGAGCUUUCCUCCUCGCCUGUCAUAACCCACAAACCGACACUUACGAAACUAUCUGUAACAUUGGAACAGGGUUCAGCGAACAAGUUCUUGAAGAACUUCACGCUCAACUAUCUACUAUCGUCAUCGACCGCCCUAAACCCUUCUACUCCCAUUCAUCAGGAAAUCAACAUCAACCUGAUGUAUGGUUUGAGCCUAAAUAUGUAUGGGAAGUUAAGACAGCUGAUUUAACGUUAAGUCCAAGAUAUAAGGCAGGAUGUAAGGAAGUUGUCGACAAGGGUGGAGAGAAGGGUAUUUCAUUAAGAUUUCCAAGAUUCAUCAAAAUUCGAGAUGAUAAGAAACCCGACAUGGCGACGAGUAGUAGACAGGUGGCGGAAAUGUAUAGAAAUCAGGAGAGUGUUACAAAGAGUAAAGGACCGAGUGUUGAUGAUGAUUUUGAGUAUUAGCGCUGAAAUAGAAGAAGUGGGGGGUAAUUGGCUGGCUAUGUGCUAGUUAUAGAAUUUGCGAAUUGCGAACAGCCGCCGUUGAAAUAGGUGGUCACCAAUCGACGGGGCAUAGGCGCUAGGGAGAAUAUACUCGCAUUGUACGAUAUGAGAUGAGAUAAGAUGAGCUUUGCAAUAUAGCUUCCUAGAGUGAUAGAUACUUGCAAUAUUAUCAUGCUAGCUUUAUAAUAAUGCUAGUUAUAUAUCUAGCUAA